AUGUGGGUCGACAACUUAAAGAAUUUCUGGUAUCAAUGGAACAUCCGGAGUCUCAUUCUGUUAAGCCUUUCCACACAAAUCAUAUUAGUCCUUUUCGCAUCCUUUAGGCAGAGAAGCAGAAACAUCAUACUAAGCUUAUUUCUCUGGUCUACCUACCUUGUGGCGGACUGGAUUGCUAUUUAUGCUAUAGGACUAAUCUCCAAUAGCCAAUCUGAUCCCAAUAAAGGCAACAAAGACAUUCUUGCUUUCUGGGUCUCUUUUCUUUUGCUCCAUCUCGGUGGUCCUGAUAGCAUUACCUCUUAUUCUCUUGAAGAUAACGAACUCUGGAUCCGCCAUUUGUUUCGACUCAUUGCGAAGUUAUCUGCUGCUGCUUAUAUCUUGUUCCAAACAUUUCCCCACAACAAAAUAUGGUUCCCAACAAUCCUCGUCCUCAUCCUCGGAGCAAUCAAGUACGCAGAGAGAUUAAUGGCUAUGUAUCUUGCAAACUUGAAGCGUUUCGGAUCCACUACAUUGCCGAAGCCGAAUCCUGGUUAUGACUAUGAAGAAUCCGUGGCGAAAUACUUCCAAACAAGGUCUGUUAAGGUCGUGGAAGAGACACAGAUGACAAUAGUGGAAAGCCAUGAACAUUCUUACAAAGGUCGAAAAAUAGAUGAUCCAGAAAAACAUAUGGAACUACUAAUUACGGCUUAUUCUCUCUUUGAGGAUUUCAGGGGACUUCUUGUGGGCUACAUUCUGAACCCAACUUCUACACACCAAGGUCUCUGUGGUGUUCACUGGAAUUGGGUUCUUGUUCGUUCUCUUAGCGUGGGUUCCAUGGUUGUUGCUUUCAUUUCGUUUCAUUAUUUAGUUGACAAAGAUAAGUUGAAAAAGUUCGAACUCAUCCUUAGUUAUGUACUGGUUAGUGGAGCUAUAUUUGUUGAUAUUAUCUCUGGAAUUAAGCUCUGUUUCUCUGACUGGCUCCUCAUGUUCAUCUGUCUCAAGGGCUGGAAAAAAUAUAUUCCGGCCUUUGCAGAGCGAACGUCACCACAGCACCAAAUAUCUUGGUCCGCUUACUUGUCAGGUAAAAUGAGCUCAAUUCGAGAAUGUAUCUUAAAAGGCAGAAGGUGGUCUAGAUCGGUUUCGCAGUAUAAUAUGAUAAGACUUUGCCUUCAACUCAACAAAUUGGAAAAGUGGCGCUUCUCUGGCUGCGUUACUUCCUUGCUAGAUAAAGAUCAUAUAUUUUGGUAUUUUACGUCGGAGGAGAAGAACAUUGAAGAACUAAAGCGCUUGAUCUUCGAAGAGCUGAAAAAGAAAUCUUCCAAGCCAAGUGAUGCAAAGGAGGCAUGUUCACACCGAGGUGAUCGGGCUCUUUUAGGCUCUGAGAGCUAUGUCAAGCUCCGAUGGAGCAUCAACGAGUUUCACUAUGCCGAAAGCCUUCUUCUUUGGCACUUGGCCAGUGAAAUUUGCUAUCAAGACGAUCAUCAUCAUGGUGGUCCUCAACAUGGUGGUCCUCAACAUGGUGAUGAGCAGAAGAGGAUAGAUAUGAGUAAAAAAAUUUGCAAGAACAUUUCGGAUUAUAUGUUUUAUCUUCUGGCAAAGAAACCGGAAUUGCUGGCACCAGUUCUGGGAAAUAUUUGGGAGAUAGUUUUUCAGGAUACUUUAGAAGAGGCAAAGGGUUUCUUUUCCAAACACUUCCUAACAGAUCAUCUGAAAGCCUGCAAGAAAUUGAGUAAUGUAAAACCCAAAUAUAGGCCUGCUGAAGUGAAAGGAAAUAGUAGCAAAUCUGUGUUGUUUGAUGCAUGCAGACUAGCAAACCAACUCCAAAGCUUGGAGGGAAACCAGUGGGAGCUGAUGAGUAGGUUUUUGGUGGAAUUAUUGUGCUAUAGUGCAAUUAAUUGUCAAGCAAUCGUCCAUGCACAGCAACUAAGAAAGGGUGGAGAGCUUUUGACUUUCACUUGGUUGCUAAUGAAUCAUUUGGGUUUGGGAUCCCAGUCACACGAGCAGCAGAUCAAAAACUAG